AAGGAAAGCCACGUAGGCUGGAGAGUGAAAGUUGAGUGGGUAGGGAUAGUUGUAUGGGUAGUGAUAGGCUUACUAUCAUAUUACUACCCAUCCACUACUCAAGGGUAUUAUAAGUUUUUUAUUUUUAUUUUAUUUUCUUUUAAAUAUUUUUUUAACAUUUUUAAUCACUAAGAAAAAAUUAAAUAAAAUAUAACUUUAUUAAUACUCACUUUUUUAAUCAUUAAGUAAAAUUAAAAAUUUAAAAAAAAUAUAUAAAAAAAGUAAUAAAUGGGUUGUAAUAAAGUAGUAAGUAUAUCAUUUUUCUAAGAGCAAUACUACGUAUAAUCACUUUUGCGUACUUCUUGUGCACUCCACUGAUACGAUUGGUUGGAUUAAUUUUUUUUUAAUAUCCAACCAAUCAUAUCACUGGAGUGUACAAAAGAGUGUACAAAAAUAACUGCACAUAAAAUUUUUGUUUUCCUAAUUGUAUAGCAGGAAUAGAAAAGUGUGAAGGACCUGCAGGUCUCACCUCGUUUUGAAAAUAUUCUUAAUUUUCUUAAUUAAUUUAAAAUAGAUAUGGAUAUUGUUUAUUCUAUAUAAAAUGAUAAAAAAAAAAUAUUACGUCUUUUAAAUCAUUUCUCCUAGCUUGAAAUUUCGGAAUUGUAUUAUUGUUGGUGUGAUUUCAAUAAAUUUUUUUAUUAUUUAUUUUUGUUGGUAGUAUCAUUUUUUAUUUUUUAUGUGAUCUCAAGAUAAGUGAUUUUAUUUUAAUAGUUGGAUUUAGACUAGCAACCACAACACCGUUUAACACUGACAACGACGACACCGUUUGGGUCUUGAGUACCUAUCGUCUACAAGUCCCACAUGCAGACUCUGAACUGCAGUUCCCUCCAGCUUGCUACGAAUAUUCCCUUCUGGCAGUAUCUUACCAUUACUAUUCCCUAUCAGCGCUAUUUAGGUGCUUUUCUGGGCACCGUCUGGUGACUGUAGCAUAGGCUAUGUGGGUUCCACCUGACGCUUCUCCGUUGUUUCCUUUUCUGUUUUGCUCCGUUUGGUAGCAAUAAAAUUACAGUCCAGUCACUGUAUUGUGCGAUGGCAAAAUUGCAUGAAACUCUAAAACCCAUCUUGUCAAUCCCUUUUUCUCGUUUAGACUAUUCUAUGUACAUGAAGAUGUUGCAGGUUUGCAUGGACGCAAAGGCUGAAAGAUGCGGUCGUUUGAUUCAUAACCAACUAAUAACAAGUGGGUUUGAUUCAAAUGUACAUUUAAAUACAAAACUGAUAAUAUUCUAUUCGAAAUUUGGCCACAUGGACACAGCUCGUAACUUGUUCGAUAAAAUGCGCGAAAGAAAUUUAGUGUCUUGGACUGCUAUGAUUUCUGGGUUUACACAAAAUGGGUAUUAUGAAAAUGCUUUGAUGAUGUUUUCGGCAAUGCAUGGGUUGGGUUUCAAGGCCAACCAGUUCACCUAUAUGAGUGUGUUGAAGGCGUGUACUAGUAUGCGGUGUUUGGAGGUGGGGAUGCAAGUACAUGGCUGCGUACACAAGAGUAGGUUUGUAGACAAUUUGUUUGUGCAAAGUGCAUUGGUUGACUUGCACUCGAAAUGUGGGGAAAUGGAAGACGCUUGCAAGUGCUUCGAAAUGAUGGCAGAGAGGGAUAUAGUUUCUUGGAAUGCAAUGAUUGGUGGAUAUGCUGUUCAGGGAUUUGCCGAUGAGUCAUUUCAAAUGUUUCGUUCAAUGAUGAGAGAAGGACUGAUUCCUGAUGGCUUCACCUUGGGAAGCGUCUUGAGAGCCUGUGCUACUCACAGUAGUCUCAUGAAGAUCAACCAGACACAUGGGUUAAUUAUCCAUUUGGGUUUUGGAUCACAAAAUGCUUUGAUUGGAUCAUUGAUUGGUGCUUAUGCAAAAUGUGGAAGAGUAGGAAGUGCUUAUCAUUUAUACAAGAGUUUGCCAACUAAAGAUAUUAUAUCUUGUACUUCACUGAUAGUUGGAUUUGCACACGAAGCUAACCAUGGUGGAGAUGCACUGAGACUCUUCAAGGAAGUAAUUCAAAUGCACAUUGAAAUGGAUGAAGUUAUAUUUUGCUCCAUGCUUAAUAUAUGUGCAAAUAUAUCAUCACUAAGCUUUGGAAGACAAGUUCAUGCUGUUGUUUCAAAAGUUCAGUCCUGUUAUGAUGUGGCCGUGGGCAAUGCCCUUGUUGAUAUGUAUGCAAAAUGUGGAGGAAUUGAAGAUGCAAAGCAUGCUUUUGAUGAGAUGGAGGAGAAAAAUGUGAUUUCAUGGACAUCAUUGAUUGCCGGAUAUGGGAAACAUGGUUUUGGACAUAAAGCAUUUGCACUUUAUAAGAAGAUGGAACAUGAAGGAUUAAGGCCGAAUGAUGUUACAUUCUUGACUCUUCUCUUUGCUUGUAGCCAUAGUGGAUUGACUGGUGAAGGAUCAGAAUGCUUUACUAGUAUGGUAAAAAAGUACAACAUUUUGCCUAAAGCGGAGCAUCUCUCUUGUAUAAUUGAUCUCUUUGCACGUGGAGGCCAGUUAGAAGAAGCCUAUAAUUUGAUAUGUGAGAUGAAAAUCAAACCUAAUGCUUCGAUUUGGGGUGCCAUUCUUGGGGCAUCUAGCACCUAUUAUAAUUUAUCAAUUGGGGAAAUAGCAGCCGUUAAUCUUUUCAAAAUGGAUCCCAAGAAUUCAGUUAACUAUGUUGUUUUAGCUAGCUUAUAUGCUGCGUGCGGCCAAUGGGACAAUGCUUCCAAGAUGUGGAAUUUGGUAAAAGGUAGAGGUUUAAAGAAAGAUCCCGGAUACAGUCUUUUACAAGCUACAAAGAAGGAAAUUGCACUUUUGAAGCAUAGUUGAAAGUGGAGAACUAUCUCAUUUUAUUGCCCUUGGGGAGAUAGGGAGAUACUGAAACCUUUACCCUGCAGAACAGAAGCUUCAUAUGUUGAGGCCAUAAACGAGUAGGGGAGAAUUCUCAAGCUCACAGACUUUUGGUCCAUUGAGGCAUUCUCAGUUCACAGUCUUGUCGUUGACAUUCAGGAUUCUUCCUGAUGUCAUGCUCCAAAUGAGUAAAAGGAGUGUUCAAAGGCUGAAUGGCUUCAUAUGAGUAUUUGGUAUGUGAUUUGGUUUGUUUUCUGGGACGGUCUUCACCUUUCUGAUUGGAAUUUCAGUGCGUUGAGUGAUUUGAUAGAGACUUCAAAAGAAGAGGUUUUAUUUCUAUUACUGUCCUUCUGUGAAAUAAUGGAAGCAAAAGUGCAAGGGUCCAACUUCUCAGACAGCACAUCUGGAGAAGUGUCUUCAAAGAUUCAGAGUUUUUUGCAGGAAGCUAUCUGCUAUUGGAUUGGGGCAAUAAAUGACAUUGUGCAUGGGGAUUCAUCAUGUA